GUCGAUGGUUAAGAUAGAGUUUAAUGGGUAUAUAGGAAAAGAUUGUGAAAUCGUAAUAUAUGUGAUUUAAUUAUCAAUUAACUUAUUAAUUCGAGUUAAUUCGAGUACGAAGGAUGUUCAUAAAUUCACACGUCUCAUUUACAACCUAAAAAAAAUCGGAUUAUGCAAGUAAGGGUGUUUCAGAAAUACUUGAACAAACCUUAGGGAUGAGUUCUCCACACAAAAACAAAAAAAAAUGUCAUAUAAACAUACGUCCUGGUUAAAUACCUGGUUUAUAAGUUAUAAUUGGAAGAUUACAUUUAAUUCAGUACCAUGGCCUGAUCUAAAUCCAUUAGAUUUUUAUCUGUGGGGACACUUAAAACCCCUAGUUUAUGCAACUGAAAUUGCAAAUGAAGAGACGCUUCACCAAUGCAUCUUAGAUGCCUGCAAAACCAUUCAUAACUAUCAUGGGAUCUUUGAAAGGGUGCGACAGUUCAUGAUCCGAUGUGUCCAUGCGUGUAUUGAAGCAAGUGGAGGAUUUUUUGAGCAUUUGUUAUGAAUUAUAAUGUCUACGAUGACGGAAUCGCUUGACAAGGGGGACACUCCCUCAAAGAAGACUAACGUUUGGGAAGAUUUGGGUUCGCCGCGUUGCAUAAUCGCGCCAAUGGUAGAUGCGAGUGAGUUGGCAUGGAGAUUACUUAGUAGGCGACAUGGUGCCCAACUCUGUUAUACGCCGAUGCUGCACUCCACCGUGUUUUGUCGGGAUCCGAAGUAUAGACGAGAGGCCCUUGCUAGCACCGGCGAGGAUCGUCCAUUAAUUGUGCAGUUUUGUGGCAAUGAUCCAGAUAUACUAUUGGAAGCUGCACGUUUGGUUGAACCAUACUGUGAUGCAGUGGACAUCAAUAUUGGUUGUCCACAGGCAAUUGCAAAACGUGGACAUUAUGGAGCAUUCUUACAGGAUGACUGGGUUUUGUUAAAUAGAAUCAUGUCGAUUUUAAAGAAUGGAUUGCAUAUACCUGUCACCUGUAAAUUACGAGUGUUCCCAGAAAUCAGUCGUACUGUGGAAUAUGCUCGCAUGCUACAGAAUGCAGGUGCUAGCUUACUUACUGUUCAUGGACGUACGAGAGAGCAAAAAGGACCAUUGACUGGAUUAGCAUCUUGGAAACAUAUUAAAGCCGUAAGGGACGCCGUGGAAAUUCCCGUGAUAGCCAAUGGUAACAUACAAUGCAUGCAAGACUUACAGAGGUGCAUUGAAGAAACCCAAGUGCAGGGUGUGAUGUCAGCCGAAGGAAAUCUUUACAAUCCAUACAUAUUCGAAUCUCGUUACCCUGCUUGUUGGGAGCCUGCUCUGGAAUAUUUGAAGCUUGUAGAGCAAUAUCCAGCACCGGCUUCAUAUAUCCGCGGUCAUUUAUUUAAGUUGUUCCAUCAUGUAUUUUGUUUAGCAGAAAAUCAAGAGGAGAGGGAGAAUUUAGCAACAAACUCCAGUAUGGAAGCUUUCAAAAGUGUUGUAUACACCUUGAGAGAUCGUUACUUACCAUAUCACGAAGGACAUUUGACAUGGCAGAUAGAAAAGACAAAUUAUAAUUUGGAGUUGCCACCAUGGUUGUGUCAACCUUAUGUACGAGAGCUUCCACAAGAACAUAUACAAAAAUCACAAAGUUUUCAGGAAGACGCACUUCGAAAACGGGAAUACAAAGAUGAGGACGGAAACGAAAUAUCGCGGAAACGUUCAAAGAAGCUUAAACGAAUAGCGCGUAGACCGAAUAGAGCAACAUCUGUUCCUAAGAGAAGUUCAGAUCGGUGUCAUGCUUGUCCAAAUCCUCUGGGUUUUAAAUGCGAAUAUAAAUUAUGUCGACAAUGCUGUAGAAAUAAAUGUUACAUAGAAAAUUUAGACUGUGCUGGUCACAGAAAUCUAACUAAGACGAGAAGGCAAAUGGCAAAAGAAUUUGAAGCAAAACGUAAAAAUAUUGAAAAUACAAUGAUGCUAUGUUAAAAUAUUUUAAAUAAAACUAUAUUAUAUUUUAAUUUU